ACCAGAUCGUGUAGAGUCCUCUCUUUAUCUCUAGUCACCAAAGAUUGUAGGGCUUGGGUGACUAUCCAUUGGAAUUUAAGGCUUAAUGUUUUUGACCCCCCUCACCUGAAGAAAAGAAAACACGCCUCUUCUCAAUUCAUUUAUCGCUCGUUCUGCAACUGAUCAAGGUAUGACCAUAUAUACCUUAUAUAUAUAUGUGUUCUUAUGUAAGCCUAUGAGACUUAUAUAUCAUCUGGAGUACUUUAUCAUCGUUAAUUAGUUCAUGACUUCAUGUUAAUUAAGUCUAAUCUUAUGAUGGUUUUUCUAAUGUCUCCUUAAUUUUUCUUUUUCUAUUUGGCUUAUCUUGCAACUUAUUCGUGGGAACCACUUGCUGAUUAAUUAUGUCCAAUGUAGUUUUAAUUUGAUAGAUUGAGAAAUAUGGAUCGGGAAUGGAUGUCUGCCAGUCGUUUGUCUCAGGAAUAUGAGGAUGGAGUGAAAAUGUUUAUUAGGUUUGCAGUUGAGCAUGAAGAAGACCCUACCAAAAUCGUAUGCCCUUGCUUAAAAUGUUGUUUUGCAAAGCGAAUUAGUGCGGCUGAUUUGGAAGAUCAUUUGAUAAUGUAUGGAAUUGAUCAAAGUUAUAAAUGUCGGACAAGGCAUGGUGAGACAAGAUGCAAGGGUAGUGAUCCGGGAAAUAUUGAAAAUCAUGCUGCAGCUGAUGCCAACGCAAAUAUAUAUGAAGACGACCAAAUGGAAGAAUUUGCAAAAGUAGUUGAAGAAGACCUUCGAGAUUGUCCUGAAAUGUUUGAGAGGUUGGUAAGCGAUUCUGAGAAGCCGUUGUAUGAUGGUUGUACAAAGUACACAAGAUUGUCGACAGUGUUAAAGUUGUAUAACUUGAAAGCGAGCAAUGGAUGGUCUGAUAAGAGCUUCACGGAGUUACUUGCACUUCUGAAAGAUAUGCUCCCGGAGAAUAAUGUCUAUAGUAGGCUUUUCUCUACUUCAAAUUGAAGAUUUACAUGGUAGUGUGGCUUGUGGUUGAUGGCUAUGGUGAUAUAGAAGUUGUGCUAACAAGCAUCCAUGCGUUAGCUUUCGUUUUCUCUAGGUUUAGUUUGUGUUUUUGUAUAUAUUUGGGGUUGUCUAGUUUUUUUUGUUGACUUGCUUGGGAAGGAAAAGAGUACUAUUUUUCCUUGACUAGGGUUUUUCCCACUGGGUUUUUCCUAGGAAGGUUUUAAUGAGGCUCUGUAGACAUUUCAUGUGGUGUUGGAUUUGUUUGUUCCCU